UGUUCACGUUGUGCAAUACUUUUGGAACCCGAAAAUCGGUCACACUGCGGUCUCUGCCUUAAAUUUAACUUUACCGGAAUAUUCAAUAAAAAAGUAAAAUUUACCAACUAAAAUGAGCCAGAAAGUGAUCAAGUACAUUGGCCGCACCACGGACUUUCGGGGCAACACUCUGUGGGAGUUGGUCUCCGAGCUGCCCAACUGGGGAGUGGGUCGCAUGCUCAUACGUAACAUGUUCCAGCGCUACCCGGAGCCCUGCUACAUGCGGAUUCUGAAGGUGCAGGCCGUGGAUGAACAGCCGGGAGAGGCUCGGAAAGUACGGGUCACCGUGGAGAAAACCUGGCGUGGAGUCACCCAACCUAAGCCCGUGGAGAUCUACAGCACCAGCUACAAAGCCGACUACGAGCUAGUCCCACAAGACCAGGAGGCCAAGUACCUGAACAACAACAAAAAGGUGGAGGAGGUGGUACUCCCUACCUUGAUUGAUCUGCCACCACUGCUGAGGGAGUUCGUUACCGAGGAAACCGGCAACUCCAAACCCCAGAUGAAGGUUCACUUUAAGAGAACCCACAACAAACUGGCGAGACUAGCGAAAGAUGGCGAGAAACCCUCAGUAAGUUUUGGAGUCGGUCUGGGACAACCAAAACCCGUUAGCGCCAAACUUUACGAGGGACUGCUGGGAUCCGAAAAGUUGUUAAAAUAUUAAAUACAUUUAUUAUACAAUUAAUCUUAA